UGCAAUUGGGCGCUAGCUUAGCGAGCCGCUGGUGACAUAGCGUGGUUGCCAUAUGCGACCGAGCACUCUAACAGUCAACAUCCGACUCUCUUAAGCCCCGACCACUCGCUCCCCACACCAACUCCAACACCAUCUUCCUUCUCCGUAUUCAUAUCCUCUGUCUGAAACUUGACCCCGAGCAGACUGCCGCACCCACUCACCAUGGCCACCGCACCUUCCCAGAACUACGACUACCUCCGGCGCAAGCAGAGCACAAAGGCGCCCGUUUCGUCAAUCACACCAGUCCGCACCCACGCCCGCACACCGAGCGAGCGCAACAGCAACGGCACCGUCAGCUCAUAUGGAACCACCAACACGCGCGACACCGCCAUCACCGAGCCCCCGGCCUACUCCAAGAAGCUCGUUGUUGUCGGUGACGGUGGAUGCGGCAAGACAUGUCUGUUGAUCAGCUACAGCUCUGGCAACUUCCCAGAGAAAUAUGUACCAACCGUCUUCGAGAACUACAUCACUCACACGCCCCAUCCCCCGACAGGCAAGAUGGUUGAGCUUGCUCUGUGGGAUACCGCCGGCCAAGAGGAAUACGACAGGUUGCGACCGCUCUCUUACCCCGAGACCGACGUCAUCUUCGUGUGCUUCGCCAUUGACUGCCCCAACUCACUAGAAAACGUCAUGGACAAGUGGUACCCAGAGGUCCUCCACUUCUGCCCAACAACGCCUCUUAUGCUCUUGGGACUCAAGUCUGACCUGCGCAACAAGAAGAACUGCAUCGAGCUCCUCAAGACACAAGGCUUGACGCCCGUCACCACCGAGCAGGGACGUGCGGUCGCAAAGAAGAUGGGCGCUGCGUACAUGGAGUGCAGCAGUAAAGAGCAAGACGGUGUCGAGGAAAUCUUCGACAUGGCCGUCACAAUGGCUGUGGGCGAGGAGCACAAGGAGCAAGAAGAGCGCCGCGUAGGCACAGCCACCUCGUCAAGAGGGAACACAUCAGCGUUCCCCGCUGGGGGCGGCAAGAAGAAGAAGCGCAGCGGCUGCAAAGUGCUAUAGCCUGUGUCUAUCGAGAGGAGAGCAUAUCGAGAUUCACGACGCUGGACGACACGAUCAAGAUGUUUAAUGACCACAUGUUCGCUUCCUCUUUAAUCAUAGGGAAGUCUUCUCAUGUACAUGGUCGGCUGGCGUUUGGGUUUUGUUUUGACACGAGAAUGGACACAGCGAUUCAAAGGUCCACGUAGCAGCAUUUUCUUCCCUGUAUCUGUAUUCGGUAUUCUGUAUGUACGCAUGGCCGGAGUUGGCGCCGACUUU